ACGUCAAGCAGCCCAAAUCGCAUUUGCUCAACGUCAAGUUCUGACUUCAUUUGCGAUUGUUGCGUGGCAGUAACAGUGAGCGAGUCCUAUGAAUCGCGAGAAGGAGCUUUCAUACAGAAACAAGAUGGCUUCGCUAGAAGCUGGUGCUCGUUUGGUGCAGUCAAAGUAUGAAGGAUCUCCCCGUCGUUUGAUUUGGACAACUUUCGUAGCAUGUCUGGGAGCUUUGUGCUUUGGAUAUGUCAUCGGAUACAGUUCUCCGGCAAUUCCUAGCAUGGUUAAAAGUGGUGUUUUCACCAAGCAAGACGCGGGCUGGUUUGGGUCGCUCAUGACAGUUGGAGCAAUACUCGGGGGUCCUGCAGGCGGAUGGUGUAUUGAGAAGUUUGGCAGACGCAAAUCACUGAUGAUAGCGUCUGUUCCGUUCUUAUUGGGUUGGGUUGCGAUGCUGUCGUCAUCGACAUUGACGUAUCUUUAUACUGGACGAUUUCUUACCGGAUUCUCCUCGGGAUUAGUGACAGUUUGUGUUCCUGUUUAUAUCGCUGAAAUUUCAACGAAAUCCAUGAGAGGUGUUCUUGGAUCAUGCACUCAACUUUUCAUAACAGUGGGAAUAUUGCUGGCAUAUGCCUGUGGACUUUACUUUGACUGGCGAGGUCUGGCUUUUAUAGGUGCUGUCCAAGCAGCCCUAGCACUGGUCAUGUCAUGUUUCAUCCCAGAAACACCCCGAUGGUUGCUGGGGAAGAACAAGAAGGCUGAAGCCAUCCAGGCCUUGAAGGUUCUCCGUGAUUCACAUAUGGAUGUCCAGGAGGAAUGCCGAGACAUUGAAGAAGGCCUUGAUCCACAAGAGGAGUUUGCUUGGUCGGAAUUUCUGCAGAAACCGGAACUCUCCAGGCCUCUCUUCAUUGCACUAACCGUUUUUGUGUUUCAACAACUGAGUGGAAUCAAUGCUGUUAUGUUCUACACUGUGUCAAUAUUUGAAUCUGCAAUUCCAGAUCUUGCCCAUGGUGCUACCGUGGCUGUUGGUGCUGUCCAAGUGGUAGCUACAUUUGCUGCCUGUCUCCUGAUGGAUCGAGCUGGACGAAGGAAACUGUUGAUCAUCGCUGGAUUAAUUAUGUCAGCAACUCUCUUCAUAUUUGGGCUUUACUACAGGUUGCUAGCCAGCAAUUCCUUGAACAAUACCAUGAAAACCUGGCUACCAGUCUGCUCACUCAUGAUCUAUAUUGUCGGAUUUUCUUUGGGAUGGGGUCCGAUUCCUAUGCUUGUUAUGUCUGAAAUAUUUCCUUCUCGUGCAAGGGGAGCAGCAAGCUCGAUUGCAAUCCUUGGUAACUGGCUUGUGGCAUUUGUGGUGACGAAAGAAUUCAUGACGAUGCAAACGAUUCUUGGACAAGAUGGAACCUUUUAUCUGUUUGCAUUCUUUUGUCUGAUGUCUGUUAUGUUCGUUGUGAAAUAUCUUCCAGAGACAAAAGGAAAGUCAUUGGAAGAUAUUGAGCUCUACUUUCUGGGAAGAACAUUAAUUGAUAAGUAAGCCUUUUGUUCAGAGUAUUUAAUAACAACAUGAUGAUAGCAUUUGGGGUGUUAUUAAUUACUUUUGGAGGUAAAUAUUUUGCUGGCUUUGUUCCAUUAGAAACAUGAAAAACAUACUGUCAGCAUAAUCAUUGCACAAAACAAUGAUGAUGAACAUGAUUUUACAUUACCCAUCAACAUAUUUAUAAUGUUUAUAAU